AUGUCCUCACGAAAACGAAUACCUCCGACGUCCUACCCAGAUUUACCAAGCUCACUGCACUCAGGCUCCGUUGAAGUUUCGAGAAACUUAAAGCCGGCCAACUACUCUCGACCCGCCUCUUCUGCAUCUGAAACUCCUUACCUGGGGUUGAGAUCCCGCUUGUCACAAAUAUGGAUAAACAGAUGGACUGUUCUGCUCCUCCUGGUUCUUGUCCGCCUUAUACUGCUCCUGGCGCAGUUGAACGACAACGUGGGAGAUGCAAAGCUACGAGCACUAUCCGCCUGCUCCAAAGUGGAAGAUAUAGGUAGCGCUAUGGCCUCAAUGCCUCACUACCUCUCCGCCGGCGUCAACGAUAUCGCCGCCUCGGGCAUCGAGAAAGCCGUUCACGCCAUGGUCGUGGUGUUGGAUCUAAUCAUGCAAGGGGUGGAAGGGAUAAUCAUAUUCUACAUCAAUUUUCUCACCGCAACAUAUGUCUGUCUCAUAACAGCCUUGGUCCACGGCACCCUGGAUGCCGUCGCCUCCGUCACCAAGGAUGCCACGGCAGCUUUCAACAAAAUCACCGACAAGGCCACAUCAGAGAUCAAAGACAUAGCGGGGGGGCUGGAGAAGGCUGUCAAUGACAUUACAAAAGGCAUCCAGGACUCUGUUUUUGGAAAGUUUGUGCCGAAAAUCCCAAAGGUGGACUUUACACAACCCAUCAACGAACUGAAAGGCUUCGAGCUGAACUCGAGCGACUUUGUCAAGGACGUGCAGAAACUGAACAAGGAUCUGCCAAACUUUGAGCAAGUGCAAAACCUCACCAAGCAAGCCAUUUCUAUGCCCUUCAACAUCGUUCGAGAAGCGCUUAGCCAGAGCUACAGUAGCUUCAAGUUUGAUAGAAACGUCUUCCCUCUGGCGCAGAAGCAGCAACUCACCUUCUGCUCCGACAAUGACAAGCUGAGCAGUUUUUUCGACAAGAUUUUUGAGCUGAUUCACAAGGCGCGGGUUGCCUUCAUUGUCAUCCUGUCAUUGCUGGCCAUUGCUGCCAUAGCUCCAAUGGCAUGGAUGGAAAUUCGGAGAUGGCGAAGACAAGAAAAACACGCCAAGCUAAUUGAAAAGAAUCAAUACGAUCCGAUGGACGUCAUCUACAUUGCUUCUCGACCGCUUACGGCCACCUCUGGAAUCAAAGUCGCCUCAAAGCUGACGGGGAGGCGACAGAUUCUGAUGAGGUGGUGUGUUGCUUAUGCCACCUCUGCUCCGGCGAUAUUCGUCUUGUCUCUCGCCAUGGCAGGCUUCUUUUCCUGUUUCUGUCAGUUUGUUAUACUAAAGGCGGUCCAGAAAGAAGUUCCAGCGCUGGCAAACGAAGUGGGCGACUUCGCGGGCGAGGUUGUUGCAAAACUUGAACACAUCUCAGACAAGUGGGCAGCUGAUGCCAACGGUGUCAUCAAGGGCUUGAAUGACGACGUAAACAAAGAUGUUCUCGAAUACGUCGCGAAUGCGACUGGUGCAGUGAACAGUACCAUCAACACCUUUGUCGAUGCCAUGCAAACGGGCCUCGAGACAGUUUUCAACGGUACCAUCCUCCUCGAUCCCAUCAAGGCGGUUCUGCACUGUGUGAUUGGCAUCAAAAUCGAAAGUGUGCAGAAGGGACUGACAUGGGUUCACGAUCACGCGCAUGUGGAAUUUCCCUUGUUCAGUAACGAUACAUUCAGCAUCGGAGCACAAAAGAGUAUCUCGGGCGAUUCCGGUCUCAGCACCUUUUUAGCAUCGCCAUCAUCCGUCACCACCGAUGAGGUCACCGGGGCUGUCGAUCGAGUUACGAACUGGCUCCGGAGGAAUUUGGUGCAAGAAGCGCUCAUCUCUACGGGGAUACUGCUCGUCUAUGUGAUUGUUGUGCUAAUAGGACUCAGUCGAACUCUUGUCGGUAUGGCAAUGCCCGAUCACAGCCAGACGGAUGCUCCGCUCCGAUAUACUGGAGAUGAUCGGCCUCCCUUGAACCCCCAAACCGGACAGGGGUCGUUGCCCACUGAAGCUUUUGGUCAUUAUGGGGAAAAGGUGACGCCACCGUCUGGUAGAGCUCCGACCUGA